ACUAUGAGUUCUUUUGGGGGACAGAUGGCCGAGUAUCCAACCAUCUCCAUAGAUCGCUUCGACAGGGAGAACCUGAGGGCGCGUGCUUACUUCCUGUCCCACUGCCAUAAGGAUCACAUGAAAGGGUUAAGAGCACCUACCAUGAAGAGAAGAUUGGAGUGCAGCUUGAAGGUUUUCUUAUACUGUUCUCCUGUUACUAAGGAAUUGUUGUUAACUAACCCGAAAUACAGAUUUUGGGAGACAAGAAUUGUAUCACUUGAAAUUGACACUCCUACCCAGAUACCUUUAAUUGAUGAAGCAUCAGGCAAGAAGGAUGAGGUUGUUGUGACUCUGUUACCAGCUGGCCACUGCCCAGGAUCUGUUAUGUUUUUAUUUCAGGGAGAUAACGGAACUGUCUUGUACACCGGAGACUUCAGACUGGCCAAAGGAGAAGCUGUCAGAAUGGAGCUUCUACACUCUGGGGGCAGAGUGAAAGACAUCCAGAGUGUAUAUUUAGAUACUACUUUCUGUGAUCCAAAAUAUUAUCAGAUUCCAAGUCGGGAGGAGUGUUUAAAUGGAAUCUUGGAGCUGGUUAGAAGCUGGAUUACUCGGAGCCCUUUCCAUGUCGUGUGGCUGAACUGCAAAGCAGCUUAUGGUUAUGAGUAUUUAUUCACCAACCUCAGUGAAGAAUUUGGGGUCCAGGUUCAUGUGGAUAAACUGGACAUGUUUCGAAACAUGCCUGAUAUUCUCCAUCAUCUGACAACAGACCGCAGCACUCAGAUCCAUGCCUGUCGCCAUCCGCAGGCAGAGGAAUAUUUUCAGUGGAGCAAAUUACCCUGUGGGAUGACUUCCAAAAAUAGAAACCCACUCCACGUAAUCAGCAUUAAGCCAUCUACUAUGUGGUUUGGAGAAAGAACCAGAAAAACAAAUGUAAUUGUGAGGACUGGAGAGAGUUCAUACAGAGCCUGUUUUUCUUUUCAUUCCUCCUACAGUGAGAUUAAAGAUUUCAUGAGUUACAUCUGUCCUGUGAACGUAUACCCAAAUGUCAUUCCAGUCGGUGCCACUGUGGAUAAAGUUGUAGAAAUCUUAAAGCCUUUAUGCCGAUCUUCCCAAAGCACUGAGCCUAAGUAUAAACCUCUUGGAAAAUUGAAGAGAGUUAAAACAACCCACCUAGACUCAGAGGAAGAGGAAGAUGUGGAUCUCUUUGAUGACUCUCCACCAGUACCGUUAAGGCACAAAGUUCCUAACCAGCCAGCUCUUCACCCUGAGGUCUUUCCAGUGAUCGUGACAUCACAAAAUCAGUCUGAAAAACCAAGACAAAGCACUGGAUGUUUCAAAGAAGAGAGUUUGCAAAUCUCUCUCAUGGCAAACUAUGUAGAUUGUCAGGAAUCCAACAGUGAAGGUGAAGAAGAGUUAGACAGCCUGGCUUCUUUGCAAGGAGCUGUGGAUCCUGAAACACCUCAGCAGCCGCCGCAGCAGCAGUCCGAUGUGGAUGUACCACAGUGGGAAGUUUUCUUUAAAAGAAACAAUGACAUCACAGAUGACGGUUUAGAAAAUGUCCCGUCUUCCACAGAGGCAGGGGCAUCUCAGUCUCCGAGGCUUUUCAGUGACUCUGAUGGGGAGUCAACCCAUAUCUCUUCCCAGAAUUCUUCUCAGUCAACACACAUAUCAGAACAAGGAAGUCAAGGCUGGGACAGCCAGUCAGACACAGUUUUGUUACCUUCCCAAGAGAGAAACUGUAGUGAUACUUCCGUAAACAAAGGUAGCUACAGGCCAAGAACCAAAGAGAAUAUUCUUGCCUCCCAGCAGGAACAAAAUAUACUUUGCCCAACGAAACCUUGCUCUGAUUUGAAGAGUGGUGAUCCAGAUGUAAAUAUCGUUCCUGGUGUUGCAGAGGCAACCACUCUAAGUGGUGGGAAACACACACCUGAGGAGAAAGGGCUGCUGAGUUACAGCACCAAGACUGAUUCUCAGAGCUCGUCUGAUUUUGAAAUCCCCUCAACUCCAGAUGCUGAGCUACCUAAACAAGAACACUUGCAAUAUUUUUAUGAGAAGCUGGCAACAGGUGAGAAUAUAAUAGUUGGAAGGAAUACAAAAGCUCACUCUUAG